CAGCUAUGAAUGUGGGGUUUUAAGGCGUUUUCUGUUUGGGUCGGCAGCUGAACAAACUUAGAAUUCCGCGGGCUAGUGUGAAUCUGACGAUCCAGCGAGGGUUAGCGGCGAUCUUUCUCUGCAUUCAUAUCGUCAAAAGGCUGGAGGGUUAAGAGUUCUUCUGCAUUUCCUUGUUAUUCAUCCACGGAGGAGAAAAAUGGAACCCGACACUCCUCUUGAUUGUGUGUUGCUCCAACUGUCACCAAAGCGUACACGAUGUGACUUGUUUGUGAGCACAAAUGGAAAGACAGAGAAGCUAGCUUCAGGGGUUUUCAAGUCAUUUGUGACGUAUUUAAAAGUCGCAGAAAAACAAGUUGCCUCAGCAAUGCAGUCUAUUAAGCUUGACGUUGGAGGGCUUAAAGAUGCUCACUUAUGGUUCCGAAAGGGGACACUUGAAAGGUUUGUACGAUUUGUUAGCACACCAGAGGUUUUGGAGGUUGUAAAUAACUUUGAUGCUGAAAUGUCUCAACUUGAAUCAGCUCAGAGAAUAUACUCGCAGGGAAUGAAUGGCAAGCUUUCUGGUUUGGGUGAGGGUGGUUCUGGAGGCACUGCAGCAGCUGAUGCAACGAAGAGGGAGCUAUUGCGAGCCAUUGAUGUGCGGCUUACUGCAGUUCAACAGGACUUGAUGACAGCGUGCUCUCAUGCGUUCACAGCUGGUUUCGACAUGGACACUGUUUUAGAACUUAAAUUGUUUGCUAAUCAGUUUGGCACCAGUCAGUUGAAUGAAGCUUGCUCCAAAUUCAUAUCGUUGUGUGAGAGACGGUGGGAAAUAAUCAACCAGUGGAAAAUGGGAGCAGACGAUCGGGUUGUACGAUCCUCAUGCGGUUCGGAUAUGUCCAUUGAUGAUGACCUGGUUUCCCAAAACACUCAAGCCACCAGAUCCCACUCUACCUGCCAAGAUUCUGACCCCAUUCCGAUGCAACAUCUUCACCAACCAGAGGAGAAGAGAAAAGAUGAUAAUGCUUUACCCACCGAGUCAACUCACACGAGUCAGCCCAUGAGACGGCUCAGUGUUCAAGAGCGUAUCAGCAUGUUCGAGAGCAAGCAGAAGGAAAAUGUGGUGAAGAAGCCAGUUGUUGUGGUAAAAUCUGAUAGUCGGAGACUCUCAACUGAUGUUGUAUCGCCUGCCCAGCCCCGAGUUGAGAAGAAGGCUGUGUUAAGGAGAUGGAGUGGGGUCAGUGACAUGAGCAUUGAUUUGAGCGGUGAAAGGGAAAUUGGUGAGAGUCCACUGUGCACCCCAUCAUCUGCCCCUGUUUCUCAGUCCAAAUCUGAAGGUUAUGGGCAAUCAGGUUCGACUGAUAUGGCUGCAAGUUUAAGUAACGAGGAACAGCAUUCUAAACUCAGUAAUAUUAAUACAAAGUUGUCCAGCUAUGUUGAAAGUGAUGGUUUGAAGCAUCAUCUAACUGGUGACAACAGUUUAAAAGAAGAAGCAAUGAAACCGGGACUGUUUAGCACUUUGCCUUUGGACAAAACAAGUAAGGAUGAGAACUCGUCAUCAACAGAGCGGUUUGGAGCCUAUGCCAGUGAGAAUAGCAGCAAUAUUGGGCUCUCUGGUGAUAAAAAUUGCUCUGCACUUAUUAAUAAAUGCCAAAAAGAAAGAACCCAAUUAGAUGAUUCAUCAUCUUUGCAUUUACUGUCCAUGGCCAGUCAAAGAACUAUAAAGGUCUCUGGGUUGUCAGAAAGUGGCUCUGGUACAAGGGAUAAAACAGAAACUAUGUUGGCUCCUUGCAAUGAAGGGAUUGAACAUGGUGUUUCUUCACGUACUCAGUCCUUAUGUAAAUCGUCAGGGGAAUUUGAGAAAGUGGGUGGUAGUUCAUCAACAUUUGGUGAUACAGAAUACUCAAUGAUGAAGUUUAAGAAGCAAGCAAAUGUCACAAAACAGACGACUUCUGUUUUUAGAAGUGAGGAAACGGCCUUCUCUUCCAAACAUGGCAAGGAGGCUCAGGAGGGCUAUGGUUCAAUUUCUGAACUCCCAAAAGAGCUGGCUCAGAAGUUACAUCAAUCAAAAGGAAACCACCAGGAACUCAACAAUGAUUUGAAGCUCAAAGCAAAUGAGCUUGAGAAACUAUUUGCUGAGCAUAAACAGCGUGUUCCCGUAGAUCAUCAGUUAAAUUUUUAUAGGAGAAACAGGGCUGCAGAGAUCCAAAACCAGUCACACUCAAGUAGGAAUACUGUAAUGGAUAAUGCUUCGAUCAUCUUUCCAGAUAAAUCCAUGUUGGAUGAACCUGCUAGGAGUUCAAGUGACAUGGGCAGAUAUGAGAUUUCUCCUGUUAUGAAAAUAUCUGACAAACAUCCUCACAUGGAUGGUCUAAAUGAGAACUUCUCUGAACUUAGUUUUUCAGAAAGUUCUAGAGGAAAAUUCUACGAGAGAUAUACACAAGUAAGGGAUGCAAAAUUAAGGCAAGAGUGGAAUUUGAAGGGAGCUGAGAAGGAAGCCAGGCUAAAUGCAAUGCAGGAAAUCUUUGAAAAGAGCAGAGUAGAGAUGAGAGCUAAGUUUACGGGAUCCGCAUAUAAAGAUGAUUCAGUUUCCAGUAUCCGCAGACGGACUGAGAGACUCAGGUCAUUUAAUAGCAGGGCACUAAUGCAGAGAGAGAAGGUAUCAUCCUAACUUUGUGUUCCAUCUAAAACAGUUCUUGAAAAUUAUCCCCCCCCCUCUUAAAAAAAUAGUCCAAUUUCAACUAAAGAAGAUGAUUUUGCUAUAUUGCAUGUAUUUUUUCAGAAUAUGUCCAACACAAGUUAUAUAUAUUACUUUUUUAAAAAAAAAUUAGCACAUAACUUAAAGUAUAUAGCUUGAAUUGAUUACUUCCAAUAGUUGUACCUUACUAAAAUUAAAAGUUGCACCUUGGUGACAACUGACAUAUGACUCUCCUCUGGGACAAGUGUAGUACCAUAGUAGAUAAUAAAUAACUCGUAUUCCU